GGGUAUAUAUUUAUAUCACAGUUACAAGUGUAACUUUAAAAACACAACCAAAAAAUAGGAAAGAUUUGCAAAUUAGCAACCUGCUCCAAAAAGUACUCAUGUCGGCCACUGUACAGCACCAGUUUACUCUUCUCGCGAUAUUUGUCAAACGUCGACAGAGAGGAAAAAAGCUACGAUGCUAAUGGCUUGUUAGCCUUGUGUACUGACGGUUUCGCAUCCAGCUAGAUGGAGGAGAAAAUGCCUAACUGUUAUUAAGGAAGGGUUUCCAGAGAGCCUGAGACUGGGAGCACUUCCUGCAUUCAUCCUCCUCCUCAGGGUGGAUUUUGAAGAUGUAGCCAAGAGUGAAGUGGGUCAUCUCUGCAGUACCUCACCAUUCCUGCCCAGGCACAAGCAGCGUGUCCACCACCUCCAUCCCAACUCUGGAGCACUUGGACCCCUAACCAGGGCUGCCUAGCGCGUGACUUGGCCGUCCUCAGUCAGUCCGUCCGUCCCUGGUUGAACACCCCACUGUCCUUCCUCAGCCAUGUUGUUCUCCCUGCGGGAACUUGUCCAAUGGCUUGGCUUUGCCACCUUUGAACUCUUCCUUCACCUGCUAGCUUUGCUGGUCUUCAGCAUGCUGGUUGCUCUGCGAGCCGACAUGUUCACCCCCGCGCUGAGCUGGUGGCUGGUGUUCGUCCCUCUGUUCUCUGCCGACGGCCUCAGCACCUAUUUCACAGCCAUCGUGUCCAUCCGGCUCUACCAGGAGAAUGAGAAGCGGUUGGCAGUGCUGCGGCUCCUCUGGGUGCUGACGGUGCUCAGCCUGAAGCUGGUUUGCGAGGUACUGCUGUGCCAGAAGCUGGCGGAGCAGGAGCAAGCCAGAGACCUGUGGUUUGGCCUCAUCGUCUCACCACUGUUCAUCCUGCUGCAGCUGCUGAUGAUACGAGCGUGCCGUGUCAACUGAUGAGAGGCAAAUCAGUGGUUGUGCAUUCACGUCACCAAAACAGGAGCAGAGAGCAAUCUUCAUCUGCCGUUAGAGAUUUAAAGCAUAACAAUGGUGUAAUUUUGUCUUUUGGCACAUUGUCACCUCUAGUUAAAACAAAAACAAAACACAUGUUCCAGGUCACAAUAGAUAUGUGUUUCUAAUUUCAUAAAAAUGAACAAAAAUAGUCACUGCUCGCUGAAGUUAAAAUGCAGUAUUUCCAAACAGAAGCAGACAAUCUACUCUGUGUGUUGCUAAAAUACACUGUAUGGCCCAAAGUAAGUGGACACCCUCAUCCACAUUUUGGCCAACAAAGAGUCAGAGAGGAUGUCAGAGCAGUAAAUGUGUAUGUGGGACAUAAUAGUGCCUCUACAUUGUGCAAUCAAUGGCAGACAAGGAGCCAUGAGGCAAAUUUAUACCAGAGUUAUGUUUUAAUGCACAUGUGCACACAACACAUGGAAACUGAAUAAACUGCUGAAACUUUAAGGCAGUAGUAACUUUUUGGGCUCUAAUGGGAAACAUAUCCCAAGUAGUUGCUGCAGCAAUUUUUUUUGUUGUUUUUUUUCAGAGAGGAAGUGUUUGCCAGAUAAUUUUGUUUAGUUUACUAUCUAGUGUCUCACUUUGUUGCCUGUUGCUGGGAGUGUUACUUACACAAUGCCUCCCCACCCCCCCACCACUAAUACCACCACCACCACCAAAUUGCCUAGCUUGUCAACUCCAUCAGUGAGAAUGAUCUGGACAGCAGGAAGCUGGUUCUGAAACUUGUUGUCAGCUCACAGUCUCGCCCCAAAGUAGAGGAACUGAAUGUGUUUUCCACAAGUAAGUCAGUUGUGUGCACACGUCUUCCCUGAAAAUAGCUGUUUAUUUGUACAACAUGUAAUGUAAUUGAUCUAUUUUUGAUCCUAUCCUGUGUAUGCACCGCAUGUAUUUAAGGCCUCAUUUGAAGGUAAUUCCUGAUGUGAAAUUCUGUGUAAUAUGUAUAUGUUGAUUCUGGAAAGAACUUCACAAAAUCUUAUUUAUGUUAAUAUGUUCUUGUUACGCAUCCUUUUUGACAUCUGUAUAUACAUGUAAAUAAAACAUCAACAUUUAACAAA